CGCUGAAUUAUCAACACUGCAAAUUUUUUGGCACCAAACAAUGCAAAAAUUAAUUGCAAUUUAAAUUUUAUAAAAAUUUACCAUCGUUUCCAAUUUAAAAUGAACUGUACUCUAAAAGAAAUAAGUGGAGAUUUAUUCUCAGCUGAUGAAAGUUUUUCCAUGGCUCACUGUGUAGCCGCAGACUUAAAAAUGGGCAAAGGAAUAGCUGUAAAAUUUCGAAAUAAAUUUGGUCGUGUUCAAGUGCUGCAACAGCAAAAUGUUAAACCCGGAGGCGUAGCCAUUUUAACCGACAAUUCCCGUUUCAUAUACAAUUUGGUAACCAAACAAAGUAGUUGGGGCAAACCCACUUAUCAGUCGUUGCACAGUUCCUUAAGUGCUAUGAGGGAACACAUGUUAAAACACAAUGUUACAAAAUUAGCCAUGCCUAGAAUAGGCUGUGGUUUGGAUGGUCUUGCCUGGCCCAAGGUUAAAGAUUUAAUUGAGGAAAUCUUUUGUAAUGAUGUUGUUACAAUUGUGAUUUACAACUACGUGCCUCCCAAAUCAGGUUAAAAAAGGUGUUUUAUACGAAAAAAAUAAGUAUUUUAAAAUUACAAUAUUCAUUUUGUAUUGUUUUUGUUAUUCAUCUUAAGAAAUUAUAAAUAUUUCAAAUAAUAAUCUACAGUAAAAUCUAUUACAAAUUCAAUUUGUGUUCUAUAAUAUA